AGUCCUAUUCCCGCUGGGCUUUGGCCUCGACAUACCUGUAUAUAUAUAUAAUAAAUAUAUGCAUAUUGGCAUGUUACCAUCCCCUACACUCUUCUGGAUCGAUCUCCUCUCUCUCUCUCUCUCUCUCUCUCUCUCUCUCUCUCUCUCUCUAUAUAUAUAUAUAUAUAUCUCAAAAAUCAAUAAGCCCUACUGUUUCCUCAUUUCUGGGGAAUUCAGGAAGUCGGGUUCUCUCUCUAAUCUCUGUUUUCUUCUCAGUCUUUGCCACUAAACGCAGAGCUAUGAUCUACCCAUUAGUUUCUAAUGGGCACACGAUAACUCCAAUGAGCCUGAGGAUCCAAAAUUCCCCACCAGGGGUAGGUUUUUGUCUCACCAGACCAAUCCAUUGUUCUCAACACCAGAACCCCAAGAGCAACAUCAUUGACAAGCCCUUAAAACCCAGAACCCAUCUCGUAAAACCCAUUACAAUAACUCCUGAUGGAGUGUCUCCCGUCAAGGCUGAGAGGGUGUGUGAGGAGAGAAGAGGGUCUUCUCAAGUGGGGAUUCGACAGAUGAUGGUUUUUUGUGGAUUCGGGUAUUGGGUGCAGGGUUUUAGGGGCUUCCCUUGGCUGGCUCUCAACUUUCAUAUGGCCCACAAUCUUAAUUUACGGCCAUCAACAUUGCAGCUUGUGCAGAACACUGGGAACCUUCCCAUGGUGAUUAAGCCUCUAUAUGGGAUCUUGUCUGAUGCUCUUUACAUUGGGGGUGCUCACAGAAUACCCUAUAUUUGUAUUGGAGUCUUUUUGCAGGUCUUUUCUUGGGGUCCAUUGGCAUUGAUCCCUUUUGCAAGUGAAUCCCUUCCCACUCUAAUGGCUUGCAUUCUUCUCAGUAAUCUUGGAGCUUCCAUUACUGAAGUUUCCAAAGAUGCUCUUGUUGCUGAAUAUGGACAAAGGCACAAAAUGAGUGGUCUGCAAUCUUAUGCAUUCAUGGCCUUAGCUGCUGGUGGAGUCCUAGGAAAUUUAUUGGGUGGAUUUUUUUUACUGAAAACACAACAACCUAAAUCCAUGUUUCUUGUCUUCACGGCUUUACUUGCUGUUCAACUUGCAAUUUCCCUGGGAACAAGAGAGAGUCUUCUUGGUUUGCCUCAACCAUCGAGUCACAGUCUUGUAAAGAUUUCCGUUUCAGAUAGUAUCAGAAAGCAGUAUUCAGAUCUGAAGAUGGCAAUUACUGAAGAUAACAUCUCCCGCCCUCUUUUGUGGAUCGUAGCUUCAGUUGCCAUGGUCCCAAUCCUCUCUGGUUCCAUAUUUUGCUAUCAAACGCAUUGCCUCGAUCUUGAUCCUUCAAUCAUUGGGAUGUCCAAAGUGACUGGUCAGCUGAUGCUUCUAUCAAUAACCGUACUCUAUGACCGCAUCUGGAAAAGGAUGUCCAUGAGAAAACUGAUUGGUACAGUGCAGAUUUUGUAUGCUGCUUCUCUUCUUCUUGACCUUGUUUUGGUGAAGCAGAUCAACCUUAAAAUGGGAUUUCCAAAUGAGGUAUUUGCCCUUUGUUUCUCUGGCAUAGCCGAAACCAUUUCACAAUUUAAACUCCUGCCCUUCCUAGUACUUUUUGCAAAUUUGGCUCCACCAGGUUGUGAAGGAUCUCUCACUUCCUUCUUGGCAUCAGCCUUGUGUUUAGCAUCAAUAGUUAGUGGGCUUCUAGGUGUUGGAUUGGCUUCUCAUCUUGGAAUAACAUCGGGAAAUUACUCGAGCCUGCCCGUGGGAAUUUUGAUACAAUUUCUUGCAGCUUUAGUACCACUGACAUGGAUUUAUCACGUCCCUUCAUCACAACCUAUGUCUGUGAAGGAAAAGAAAAGAGGUAGGAGCAAAAGAACUCGAAGAAAUAGGAGGGUUGGAAAAAUUGUCCUCGGCUCUAUUUAUGCUUACAGGCGAGAAAGAGAAUCCGAGGCCCAGAAGAAUUAACUUUGCCUCAAUCAAACAGAAAAUGGGAACCGACGCUUGCAUUGUGCUGAUCAUUGCCCCUGCCAUUACCUGUGUCAGACAGCAAUUCUUUGAUGGCAAUAACAUUAGAUUUGGAACAAAUGGUGAAUAAUGCCUUUGGAGCUUCAAACAAAGCGCAAUAUUUUGCUCCACUGGUGUGUACAAGUCUACGUUUCAGCUGUAAAUGGUCCAGCGAAUAAUUCAUUUGACACUUCUCUUGAGAUUUGUCUGAAAGGCAACAGCGGAUAUGGCUCAAAAGAGAGCUGACCGAGAAGGAUUUAUGUGUUUGAUUCAAAGGGUGCCUGUCUAAGUGCUCUGUUUGUGGGGAUUUUGUCAAAUAAGGUUCUACUUAUUACUUUUGGUUGCUGCUGUGCUGUAUCACCUCUAAAUUUGUAAAUGAAGACCUUUUAGCCAGUAAGCCCCUCCCAAAGUGAAGGAUGAAGAUCACUGCGACGUGACAGUCUAAUCUGUAAGUAAAUCAACUCAAUCAAGCAUCUCCUCAAUUUUCUUGCA